GGUCCCCGCCGAACAGCCGCCGCCGCCACAGAGGUGCCCGGGCCCUCCCCGGCCGCAGCAGUCACCGCCGAGCCGGCUGCGCCGCGUGAGCGCGAGGAGGAGGCGGCCAGCGCCGCACGGAGCAGAGGAGGAGAAAGGGUGCGCAGCCCGGAGGCGGGGUGCGCCGGUGGGGUGCAGCGGAAGAGGGGGCCGGGGGGGGGGGGACUUCGUAGCAGUCAUCCUUUUUAGGAAAAAGAGGGGGGGCAAACCCUCCCCCACCUUCUUCUCCCGGAGCGCACCACACACAGCGCGCGGGCUGCUCGCUCGGCACCGGCCGCCCCAGCGCGUCCCUGCCUGCAUUUAUCAAGCUGCUUUGCCCCCCCAUUUUUCGGAAAACACAUUGGCCUUUCGGAGUUUAAUCAGAAGAGGAUUCUCGUCCCCGUUCCCCCACGUUCUUCCAUCGUCCCCCUCGCGUGUCUCUCUGCGGUGGAGGGCUGAAGCAAUCCAGUGGAUACCGAUCCAUGCCUGCGCUCGAGCGUGUGUGUGCGAGUGCAAAUUGCCGAGAAGACGGGGAAAUCACAGGACUUCUGCAAAUGCUGGACUGGACAUUGUAAUUCAUCUGCCGCCACCACUGCCUUUUUGGCCCUGCUGUCGUGCUCUUGAGAUCUCCGGUAGGGAUUCCAACGGGUUGACAUUUUCAGAGAAGCCAAGUGUGGGGACGCAAUCUGGAAACCCUCCUGAUUUUUACUCCACCUAGCCACCCCACCCCGCCAACUCCUGAUUCAUUGCAAGUUUCAAAGAAGCUUAUACAAGGAGACUUCUGAAGAUCGUUGGUGUCGUUGCCUUAUGUAUUUGUUUGGGUUUUACAAAAAAAAGGGGGGAAACUUGACAGAAGACCAUGCCGCCCUUAAAAUAUACAGUAAGUUUUUUUGCACAGGAAUUUGGUUUAAUGUAACUUUCAACGGACGCAUUUGAAUUUUUUUUUUACUUUAAAUGCAUUCGAGCAAAUUUAAUUUCCAGACAGUUCAAUACAUUCUCUUUAGCGUGUAACUUGUAGCGGAUAUGCCCUUCCUCCCCUGAGUAUACAAAGGAGAACACACCUGAUUUUAACUUGCUAGGUUGUCCCGCCCCCCCCCCCCUCACCUUUCAGCAUUGCGGAGGAUGUAGACUGAUAUUAACAAAGCUUAAUAAAUAAUGUGCCUCAUGAAAUAAAGAGCCGAAAGGAAUUUGAAUAAAAAUUUCCUGCAUCUCAUGCCAAGAGGGAAACACCAGAAUCAAGUGUUCCGCGUGACUGAAGACACCCCUUCGUCCAAGAAUGCAAAAGCACAUCCAAUAGAACUGGAUUAUAACUAUUCUUCCUUCCUUCCUUCCUUUCUUUCUUUCCUUUUGGGGCUUGUGGGGCGGGAGUCGGGACCAGAAGUGCUGUUGGUACCUGCAGCUUUUUUCGGGGGAGGAUGGCGCAAGCCGGGAGAACAGGGUAUGAUAACCGGGAGAUCGUCAUGAAGUACAUCCAUUAUAAGCUGUCACAGAGGGGCUACGAGUGGGAUGCGGGAGAUGCGGACGCCGCGCCCCUGGGGGCCGCCUCCACCCCUGGCAUCUUCUCCUUCCAGCCUGAGAGCAACCCAACGCCCGCUGUGCACCGGGACACGGCUGCCAGGAUGUCGCCACUACGGCCCAUAGUCGCCACGGCUGGACCUGCGCUCAGCCCGGUGCCACCUGUGGUCCACCUGACCCUCCGCCGGGCUGGGGAUGACUUCUCCCGUCGCUAUCGUCGCGACUUCGCGGAGAUGUCCAGUCAGCUGCACCUGACACCCUUCACCGCGAGGGGACGCUUUGCCACGGUGGUGGAAGAACUCUUCAGGGAUGGGGUGAACUGGGGGAGGAUUGUGGCCUUCUUUGAGUUCGGUGGGGUCAUGUGUGUGGAGAGCGUCAACAGGGAGAUGUCACCCCUGGUGGACAACAUCGCCCUGUGGAUGACUGAGUACCUGAACCGGCAUCUGCACACCUGGAUCCAGGAUAACGGAGGCUGGGACGCCUUUGUGGAACUGUACGGCCCCAGCAUGCGGCCUCUGUUUGAUUUCUCCUGGCUAUCUCUGAAGACCCUGCUCAGCCUGGCCCUGGUGGGGGCCUGCAUCACUCUGGGUGCCUACCUGGGCCACAAGUGAGGUCUGCAGACCUGCCCAAAACAAAUAUGCAAAAGGUUCACUAAAGCAGUAGAAACAAUAUGCAUUAUCAACGAUGUACCAUGAAACAAAGUUGUGAUCUUUUUUUUUAAAAGCUGAAUACACACACACACACACACACACACACACACACACACACAUUCAGGCAAACGGUCGAAUCAGCUAUUUACUGCCAAAGGGAAAUAUCAUUUAUUUUUUACAUUAUUUAGAAAAAAAAGAUUUAUUUAUUUAAGACAGUUCCAUUGAAACUCCAGGCUUUGGAACCCUACCAGGAAUUGCCAAGCACCAAUUUGUUGGCUCCACCUGCUGGCCUGUGCCUCUGGACAACAAUCUGUUUUCCAUAUUGACCAGACUGGCCCACCAUCUAAAGAACAAAUGGCCCAGGACCCUACUGCUGGGGAAGCCUGUAGUAUGGCUGCUGGAAGAUGGGGAGAAGACUCCAUGUGAUCUGUAUAAACUGACCAUGGGGUCUAGGAUCUUGUAGGGGCCAGAUGCCUAAAAGGAAGUCUGGUCUUCCUUGGGUGGAGAGGGACUUUGUAUAUGACUCACAUGGUACAUGCCCAGCCAGAGGACAAAGGCUGGGGACUUCAGAUGGACUUGGUACCCAUUGAGAUGUCCCCCACUGAAAGUGAUGGGAAAAUGCCCUUAAACUAUAGGAAAUUAUUUUUUUAAGCUACCAAUUGUGCCGAGAAGCAUUUUAACAGUUUAUACAAUAUCAUCCAGUACCUUAAUCCCUGAUUGUAGAUAUUCAUAUAUUUUGGAUACAACCACCCCUCUCCAAUACUCACUCUGAGUAGGAAACAGAAGCUUCUAGAUUCGAGGAAGUGGACGUGUGGUGACUUCUUCAGCAUCAGGAAGAAUGGGGUCACCAAGAACGUCAGGCGGCCACAAGUGCCUGCUUUUAGGAGAGCAACAUCUGCAGAGUCUACCCUGUGGCCCAGUGAGGCCUCGGCCUGGCUGAGCCUUGGCCCUUAACAGCCUCUGCACAGGGGUUGGAACAGAGCCGUCGGUCUCUGAGUGUCUGGAAGCUGACAGAGCUCAAGAUUGCACAGUAAGAAAGAGCAAUCAUGAGACUCACUUCCUGGGACAUGCUUCAUCCGGAGUGAGAGCUCCAGGACUCUUCCUAAGACAUUUGCCUCUGUAGAGAGGAGAAGGCUCGGUGCCUGUCCCGCAAGAGGGCGCGGUGAGGGCAGGGACAUCACCACACCAGAAAAGAAGCCUGUGCCCUUCAGGCAGCCACAAGUACUUAUUAGCAGUGGUCUGCCAUGUUUAAGGAAAGGCUUUACAUUACUUUGGGGAGAGUCAUAAAUCCUACAGGAAGCACUGAAGCGAGAUCGAGGGUUCAAUGACCUGUGUCUAUGGAAUUACAUGGAAAACAUUAUCUUGUCAUUGUCGUUUGGUCUUAUUUGGAAAUCUGACAGAGGAAGAGGGGGAAAAAGGGUUUCAGGUAUGUAUGGAAUGUAGAAGUUAUCUGUACAUCCUGAGGCAAAAAAAAAAAAAAAAAA